ACGCACACGACUCCUCCAAAACCAAAAUCUAAUAGUCCCCAAGUCUUUCCCGGGCAAAGCUCGCACGCGCGAAAUGGGAAAGCGGCGAGCCGCUCAAGUCUCCAGCGAAGACGAGGAACCUUCACCGCCGGCGGAUGACCGCCGACGGCGAAAGCAGCGGCGUCUCCGGCACGUUGAGUACGACGAUGACGCCGACAAGAAUAAGGAUCACUCUCCGGCGAAUGGCAGUGGUGCUCGCGAUGGUUCUAGGGAGGCGGAUAGUGAAGCGGAGGGGGAUGAGGACGAGGAGGCAAAGGCUGAGCCAGUAGGAGAAGCUUUGAAGGUCACUGGAAAGGGAAAGAAGAAGAAGACCCAUUAUGGUUCGUUUGAGUUCGAGGGCAAUGUGUUCGAGCUGGAGGAUUCAGUUCUGUUGACUCCUGAGGAUUCGAAGCAGAAACCGUAUGUUGCUAUCAUUAAAGACAUUACUGAAGAUGUUGAUGGGAAUUUUAUGGUAACUGGACAAUGGUUUUAUCGUCCUGAAGAAGCUGAGAAAAAAGGUGGGGGGAACUGGCAAGCCAGAGACACGAGAGAGCUCUUUUACAGCUUCCAUCGAGAUGAUGUCCCAGCUGAAUCUGUUAUGCACAAGUGCGUUGUACAUUUUGUUCCCCUUAACAAAAAGUUGCCAAUUCGUUCUCAGCACCCUGGGUUUAUUGUACAGAAAGUGUAUGAUACCGUAGAGAAAAAACUCUGGAAAUUGACCGACAAAGAUUAUGAAGAUGGAAAGCAACAUGAAAUUGACCUCCUUGUUCAAAAAACUCGGGAGCGUUUAGGUGAACUUCCAGAUCUUGAGCCUGAAGAAACAUCUGGUGAUCAGCAUGAUCAGGCAAAUCAGGCAGCACAAACUACUCAGAUAACAAGUAAAUGGAAUCUCAGGAGGAAACCUGUGCCAUCUAUCGAUGCACAAAGAAUCGAUGGUGUAAGUACUAGGUUUGAUAGUGCAUCAAAAGCAGAAACACCAGGUAGCUGUCCUGGUGAUCUUCUAGAAUAUGAUGCAAUCUUGAAAAAGUUUAAUGCAUUAACUAGAGAUUCACACCGGGAUAAGUGGUUAAAGAAACUUCUAAAAGAAAUUCAAAGCUCAUGCAAGGACUUGGCUCAACCUACUGAUCAUAAUGCGGUUCGCAACACAGAUGGGUCUUCAAAUGCUUCUGAAAAGGUUUUCUGGCCAGAUGCUGUUGUCUCUGCAAUCACUGCACUCGAGAAAGCUUCUCAUGAACUUCUCGGGUCUGAUUUUCAGAAAUACAAUCAAAAAAUGAGGCAACUGGCAUAUAAUCUGAAGAACAAGUUAGCUGAACGUUUGGUGAACGGAGAACUCGAGCCUUCUGUUGUUUUGACUAUGACGCCAGAUGAGUUGAAGGAGGGUUUAACAGUAGCUGAAAGGGCGACCAAGGAACCUGAAAAGACAAAACAAAUGCAGAUGACUGAUGCUCGUUGUUCGAGAUGCUCUAAGAAAGAAGUUGGUGUGGCUGACAUCAUCCAAGCUGGAGGACAUGGCGAUAGAUACCAGCUAGAGUGCAUCGCAUGCGGCCACACAUGGUAUGCAUCCCGGGAUGCCAUUUCAUCGCUCACGAUCGAUACUCCCAACAUCACCGGGAAUGUCGGCACCGCUCCAUGGGCGACGGCCAAGUUCGAAGAAGUGCAGAAGAUGCUAGUAAGCCCUCGUGACUCUGAGAAACCUGCUUCUGAUCUUUUUCAAAAAUCAACCGCUCCUUAUAUGCCUGUGUUAGAAACCCAAAAAUCUUUCAAUAGAUCAAAACCUCAAGAAACUCAUGAUGCUUCGGCAACUAUAGAACACUAGUGGUCUGCAUAUGUGUGCCUUGCUUACGAAUUAUGAAGUAUUUUGCUCUUUUUGUCUAAUGAUAGGCUUCUCUUGCAUCAUUUUGUUUGCGUGUAAAAUUUAGAACUUUUGUGUAAUUUUCAAUGUAGGAAAAGGGCUAGUUUCACCAAGGAACCCUUUCAUUUUGUUGUAAAUAUACCCUACGAGGACGCUUUUUCUAGAAAGCUAAGCACUUUUGAUUGUUU